AUGCAAACAAAGUGGCAAUGUUCUAACNCUAGUUGUCUUCCUCCCAAGUCACCUGCUGUAAAAAAAAUAUCAGAGGAUGAGCUGAAGAAUUUUUUGAAAAAGAAAGCAAAGUCAGUAAUCAGCACAAACGUGCAAGAAUUAUGCACCACUGUUGUUGACACUGAUACUGAAACUGAUGCAAAGGAAAGGGGAGAAACUGAGGAUCUCAAUGGUUUUAAAGUAGGUUCUUCAGUAAACAAAAAUGCCAUUGAAUCAUGCUGCAUGGACUAUACUUCUGCUACCGAGAAGGAUUUGAAAUCCCUGAGAGCCUUGACAGUUGAUGUCCCUGAUCCAGAUUUCUGUAACUUUGAGAAGGAUCGAACUGAAAAGUCAUUUAGGGAUGAUCAGAUAUGGGCUUCUUACGAUUCUCUUGAAGGGAUGCCUCGAUCAUAUGUCAUGAUACAUAAGGUUAUCUCCGUAGAUCCAUUCAAGGUCCGUGUGAGUUGGCUUACUUCAGUAACAAAUGGUGAGCUUAGCUCAACGAAUUGGCUUGGUUUUGGUAUACCAAAAAGUUGUGGAGAGUUUAGAGUUGGGAAAACCCAAAUCUGCAGGUCACCUUACAUUUUCUCACACAAAGUAAACCUGGUCAAAGGGAAAAAUGGAGAAUUCCUUAUAUAUCCUCGAAAAGGCGAAGUAUGGGCUCUGUAUCGGGAAUGGUCCCCUGACUGGAACUAUCUUACAGGAUUUGAAACAGUUGAGUACGAUAUAGUUGAAGUAGUUGAAGGAUAUACAGAGGGAUACGGUGUGUCAGUGGUUCCUCUGGUUAAAGUUGCUGGUUUCAAAGCCGUGUUUCACCACCAUGUGGAUCCCAAAGAUACCAGAAGGAUCAGUAGGGAUGAAAUUUCAAGAUUCUCUCACAAGAUACCUUCGUAUUUGCUCACAAGUCAAGAAGCACCCGGUGCUCUCAGAGGUUGCAGACAGCUUGACCCGGCAGCAACACCGUCACAGCAUCUUCAAGUUAUCGAUGAUCAUCCGUAA